AUGGAUGACUACAAAAUGGUUCUCGGCAUAGAGUUUCUAGAUAAGACAAAUUUGAUAAAAGAGAGCAUUAGAAUGGGACACAACGAUUUUGGAGACUUUUACUAUGCACAUGGAGCACUUGGUGAUGCAUUUAAGAAUUAUGUUCGAACACGUGAUUAUUGCACAACAUCAAAGCAUAUUAUCCAUAUGUGCUUGAAUGCAAUUUUGGUAAGCAUUGAGAUGUGUCAGUUCACUCACGUUUCUAGUUAUGUUGGAAAAGCUGAACAAUCUUCAGAGAAAUUGGACCCCAUCACAUCAGCCAAACUGCGCGCUGCUUCAGGAAUGGCUCUAUUGGAGGUUAAGAAAUACAAGCAAGCUGCUCGUAAGUUUCUUGAAGUUGGUUUUGAACUAGGGAACAAUUACGCAGAGGUCAUUGCACCUCAAGAUGUUGCAACAUAUGGUGGACUUUGUGCACUUGCAACUUUUGACCGAAUGGAGCUGAAGACCAAAGUCAUAGAUAAUUCAAAUUUCCGGAAUUUCUUAGAGUUGGUGCCUGAAUUGAGGGAGCUCAUCCAGGACUUCUACUCUAGUCGGUAUGCUUCAUGUCUAGAUUAUCUUGGAAAUCUCAAGCCAAACUUGCUGCUCGACAUCCAUUUGCAUGAUCAUGUCGAGACACUAUAUGAAGAUAUUCGUCACAAAGCCCUCAUCCAAUAUACACAUCCAUUUGUAUCUGUUGAUCUUCGGAUGAUGGCUAGCGCUUUUAAAACAAGUGUAGCAGGGCUAGAGAAAGAACUCGAGGUUCUAAUCACCGACAAUCAAAUCCAGGCUCGAAUAGACUCCCAUAAUAAAAUACUUUACGCCCGGCAUGCAGACCAGAGGAAUGCCACAUUUCAUCGUGUUUUGCAGACUGGAAGUGAAUACGAUCGCGAUGUUAGGGCCAUGCUGCUGAGGUCAAACCUUAUCAAACACGACUUCAACAUCAGGACAACAAGAAAGAUGUGAAUGUUCUCUCCUGCAGAUAACAUUUCGGCCAGGCCACACUCUUAAAAAAAUAAGGUAUCUAAUUUUAUGUAGUCAAGUUUAAUCAAGCGGCCAACUGCCGAUCAAAAAGCUUUCACUGUUGGGUUAUUAUAGCCAUUAUUGAUCCAAUGCCCUUGCGAUCUUCGUCUUGUAUAGUUUCUUGUAUCUUCUUCUACUUGUGGAAAUUUCGAUUUGGGGAGAGACUCUUGUUUGGGUUUAUGUGGUAUGUAUGGUUGUACUAUAUAUUUAUUGAGAUCUGGCUAUUACUUCAUUAUAUUAGAAGAUCAUUGUUGCAAAUAUC